UCCUAAUCAGAUCAUCGUCCCUACCACGCUCCCCCCCCCCUCCUCAAUUUCGAUGUGCGACUACAGCGAACCAUUUAAACCCGAUCAAAGACCUUGAAACACCCCCCAACGAAAGGAAAUUCAUCUCCAUCUCGAGUUAUGCGUUGCUUUCUAGGCUGUUUCGGUGGCCGGAAGAAUCGCCGGCGUCAGAAACGUAGAGAGUCCGAUCAGGGAAGAGCAAACAAUCUCUCUGUGGAAUAUGCAAAGCCUGUUCAUCUCAGUGAUAGAGUCUCUGCAGUUGAGGAGAUCAUCCCGAAAAGCUCGGUGAUUCCAAUCACUCAAAUUUGUGACGAGAGUCCAAGUCCUAAUAGGAAGAGAGUCACUUUUGACUCCAAAGUCAAAACUCAUGACCACAUUGUAUCACAAGAAUCUGCUGACGAACUCUUGCAAGAGGAGAAACAAGAGGUUGUCCCCGAAGUGAAUCCAAGCAAGGCUGGUGGUCAGUCUUCUUCUGAGAAGAGUGAGGUUGCCUCGAACCCCUCAGGUUCACAUCCUUCAAACUACAGGUACGAGAAUUGCAGAGAAAGCGAUGAUGAAGUGGAGGAGGAUGAGUUAAACUGCGGUGAAAGCGACCUGGAUGAAGAGUUUUAUAGUGAUGAAGCGUUUAGUGAGGAUAAGCUGCAUAAUCACACCAAAGAAGAUGCAAAGCUGAGAAGGUCUGAUGAGAGCGUUGGAGAUGGAAACCACUAUGCACAAGGAGUGCUUAACCCCGUUGAGAAUCUCACUCAGUGGAAAUCCGCUAAGUCCAACGGGAAGACAAUACAGAAACAGUCUCAAAAGGAGAACUCUAACAACCUCAUCUCAGGUCAAGAAGACAAAAAGGAUUCCUUUUCUUUCGGCGCAGACUCUCAGACUGAUGAAACAGCGCUCCAGACCACAGUUGAAUUCAAGAAAGCUGGAAACAAAGAGUUAACUGUUGAUGCUAGCCUUUCAACAUGGCUGUCAACAUCUGAGACGGGCAGCGAAUGCAACAGUGUCUCUAACACACCCGAGAAAAACAAGUCUGCAAGCUACGCAAAACGGGUUAUAAACAGCCAUGACGAUAGACCUGUGCUAUGUGCAUUGACAUCGGAGGAGAUCAAACAGUUCUCGGCUGCUUCUACGCCAAGGAAGUCACCGAGGAAGAGUCAUGAUGAAACACCUAUUAUAGGCACAGUUGGUGGUUACUGGGGUGAUCACUCAAAGGCAGUAGAUAGCGGCGGCUCUGUAUCUUCAUUCAAGGGAAUACCAAACACCACCAGUAAGUACAGAGAGGAUAAAAGCGUGAAUUGGCAUUCAACACCAUUUGAGGCAAGGCUGGAGAAAGCUUUGAAGAGAGAUAAAUAAUGGCGACAUAGUAGAUGGAGUUAGGGAGCUUGAAGGUUCUCUUGGGAAGAGGACAACCUGCAAAGCUGCUCCAUUGGUCUGCCAUCACUCCCCAAACUCUGUAACCAAGACUUGUUAGCCAUGUCCUCUUCUCUGACUUGUAUUGUUUGACUUCCUUUUGUUCAUCUUCUAGCCCCCUGCAUUGUUUUUGGCUUUUAGUACAUUGGUUUGUCUAAUCUGGUUGGAGC